GGCGUGGGCCGGUUGCCAUGGGGCGGCCCGGGAGAGCAGGGAUGGCUCAGGGCACGUGGGAUGUUCCUGGUCCCUCCGAGGUCACCGGCUGAGGCUCCACAGCUCCUGCUGCUGCCCCGCUCCCACAAUGGGCAGGAUCAGCAUCUCCUGCCUGCUCCCGGCCUCGUGGCACUUCAGCCUGUCGCCCGUGGGGUGUCCGCGGGUCCUGAACGCGUCCCUGCGGCAGCUGCUGCUGCUCGGGGCGGCCGCGGCCGCGGCGGCGCUGCUGCUCUGCUCCCUGCUGCUGAUCCGCGGCAAGCACCGCGCCCGGGAGGCGAAAUUCCACAGGUACCUGGCCAGGGUGACGGACAUGGAGGCCACGGACACCGGGAACCCCAACCUGAGCUACGGCAUCGUGGUGGACUGCGGCAGCAGCGGCUCCAGGGUGUUCGUGUACUGCUGGCCCCGGCACAACGGCAACCCCAAGGACCUGCUGGACAUCCAGCAGAUGAGGGACAGCUCCAGGAAACCCGUGGUGAUGAAAAUCAAACCAGGAAUUUCUGAGUUUGCCAGCUCUCCUGACAAGGUCAGUGAUUACAUCUCACCCCUGCUGAGCUUCGCUGCCGAGCACGUGCCCCGCUCCAAACACAAGGAGACUCCUCUCUACAUCCUGUGCACUGCAGGCAUGAGGAUCCUGCCCGAGAGCCAGCAGAAAGCCAUCCUGGAGGAUCUGCUCACGGACAUCCCCGUGCACUUUGAUUUCCUCUUCUCUGACUCCCACGCUGAGGUGAUUUCUGGGAAGCAGGAAGGAGUCUAUGCAUGGAUUGGGAUCAACUUUGUCCUUGGGAGAUUUGAGCACACGGACGAUGAGGAUGAAGCCGUGGUGGAGGUGCAGGUCCCUGGCAGCGAGCACCACGAUCCCAUUUUCCGCAAGAGGACCGUGGGGAUCCUGGACAUGGGCGGGGUCUCCACGCAGAUCGCCUACGAAGUGCCCCAAAGUGUAAGCCUUGCCUCCCCUCACCAGGAGGAGGUGGCCAAGAGCUUGCUGGCAGAGGUGAAUCUGGGCUGCGAUGCCCACCAGACGGAGCACGUGUACCGCGUGUACGUGGCCACCUUCCUGGGCUUCGGCGGCAACGCGGCGCGCAGGAGGUACGAGGAGAGCCUCUUCUCCAGCAGCCUCCUCAGGAACAGGCAGGCCGGGCUCAGCCCGCAGGCCCCGCUCCUGGACCCGUGCCUGCCGCGGGACGCGCGGGACGAGCUGCGGCACCGGGGGCUGACGCUGCACCUGCGCGGCACCGGCGACUUCCAGCUGUGCCGGGAGCGGCUGCGGCCGCUGCUGAACCGCACCAACGGCACCCGGAGCUCGCUGAACGGCGUCUUCCAGCCCCCCGUGCACCUCCAGAGCAGUGAGUUCUACGGCUUCUCCGAGUUCUACUACUGCACCGAGGACGUGCUGCGCAUGGGCGGCGACUACAGCGCCGCCAAGUUCACCAGGGCUGCGCAGGAAUAUUGUGCCACCCGGUGGUCGGUGCUGCGGGAACGCUUCGAGCGCGGCCUCUACGCCCCGCACGCGGAUCUGCACCGGCUCAAGUUCCAGUGCUUUAAGUCCGCCUGGAUGUUCGAGGUUUUCCACCGGGGCUUCUCCUUCCCGGAGAGCUACGGGAGCCUGAAGACGGCGCUGCAGGUCUACGACAAGGAGGGACAUCCAGCAGGAGAAUUUCCGUGGGAUUCACUCGCACUGGAGGAGCUUCUCCUUUGUGUACAACCACUACCUGUUCCUGGCCUGCUUCCUGGUGGUGCUGCUCUCCAUCCUGCUCUACCUGCUCCGCCUGCGCCGCAUCCACCGCCGGCCGCUCCCCGGCGGCUCCUCCCCACCCCUCUGGAUCCAGGAGGGGCUCCCCCCGCAGAAAAUCCCGGGAUAGGGCUCCAGGAUGGAGGAUUCAUCCACACACACACACAAAAAAAAGCCAUUUUUGCCUCAGGGUUCCUCCUUUUUUUGCCCCUUGUGGAGAAGCGGAGUUGGGGUGGUGAGGGAAAAAUGCCAAAAAAAAAAGACUUUGCUGGGAAUGUUGCACUUGGGGGUGUGCAGGAGAGGAGGGGUUGAGUUCCCACCUUUGGGAGAGGCUGAAAUCCCAGGAUGAGCUUGGAUUUUCCUUGCUGGAUUCCAGCAUUGCCAUCCCUGCUCUCACUUUGGAGUCUCAAAGAACGGGAAGUUCCAAAAGCAGGGGGACAAAAAAAAAAACCAACAAAAAAACCCUUUUAGGACAUUUUAGGUGAUUUUCUCUUCUGGAAUCACUCCUGGGAUGGAGAAGGAAAAUCCCUCACAUCCAAUGCUGUGCUUCCAUAAAAAACUGCUUCCAUCACUUCUGCUCCCUCCUUUUUUUCCUUGGAAAAGAGAAAAGGAUUUCCUCCUUUUUCACCCUCCCAGUGACACCAGUCGCUGCUUUUAAUCCCAAAUUUCUGUUCCAUAAUCGUGGAGAGACCUCCCAGAAACUCCAGGAAUGUGAAGAGAACUGGAAAAAUAGAGGAGAAUGUGCACAGGGUCUUUCCAAGUCCUCUGGUAAUUUAUAUUUUAUUUAAAACUGUUGAUUUUACUUGAAAGUCGAUUUGUCCAUGAUUAAAAGUGGGAUUUCUAUGAA